CCGCGGGAGUCUAGCGCGCGGCCCUUUCCCUCCCGACAACACAGGAUGAGAACAAGCAGCAUUGCUGCUUAGAGACCUUUUACCUUAAGCAAUUAAAAAUAGUGCAUCGGCAGUGUAACCCAACAGCUGUGGAAUAUUGGGCGCUUGUGUUGUUUCUUCUCUUGGCACUGCUUAGCGUUGCUUACUUUUUGGCACAUCGGUUGAACACUGAAGAAAUAUAAUCCGGUUUGAGUUGUGCGCGGCAAUCUAACUAGCCAGCUAGCGACUACUUCUGUGAAGAGUGGCUGGGACAGAAUGGAGCUGAUAACAAUCCUCGAAAAAACUGUAUCUCCAGAUCGGAAUGAGCUGGAGGCGGCACAGAAGUUUCUGGAGCAGGCGGCAAUUGAAAAUUUGCCCACGUUCCUGGUGGAGCUGUCCAAGGUCUUGGCCAACCCUGGAAACACACAGGUAGCUCGAGUCGCCGCCGGGCUGCAGGUGAAGAACUCCCUAACCUCAAAGGACCCAGAUGUGAAGACGCGCUAUCAGCAGAGAUGGCUGGCCAUCGAUGCCAACGCCCGCCGGGAGAUCAAGAAUUACGUGCUGCAGACCCUGGGCACGGAGACGUACCGGCCCAGCUCGGCGUCCCAGUGCGUGGCAGGUAUCGCCUGCGCCGAGAUCCCCGUCAACCAGUGGCCCGAGCUCAUCCCCCAGCUGGUGGCCAACGUGACGGACCCCAGCAGCACUGAGCACAUGAAGGAGUCCACCCUGGAGGCCAUCGGAUAUAUCUGCCAGGACAUUGACCCAGAGCAACUCCAGGAGAGCGCCAACCAGAUCCUGACGGCCAUCAUCCAGGGCAUGCGCAAAGAGGAGCCCAGCAACAACGUCAAGCUCGCCGCCACCAACGCCCUGCUCAACUCGCUCGAGUUCACCAAAGCCAACUUCGAUAAAGAGACGGAGAGACAUUUUAUAAUGCAGGUCGUCUGUGAAGCAACACAGUGCCCUGACACCAGAGUACGGGUGGCUGCCUUACAGAACCUGGUGAAAAUCAUGUCCCUAUACUAUCAGUAUAUGGAGACGUACAUGGGUCCUGCUCUGUUCGCGAUCACAAUAGAAGCCAUGAAAAGUGACAUUGAUGAAGUUGCCUUACAAGGAAUUGAGUUCUGGUCCAACGUGUGUGAUGAGGAGAUGGACUUGGCCAUUGAAGCUACGGAGGUGAGUUGGGCGUCGGAGCAGGGCCGUCCUCCGGAGCACACGAGCAAGUUCUACGCCAAAGGGGCCUUGCAGUACCUGGUGCCCAUUCUCACUCAGACGCUCACCAAGCAGGACGAGAAUGACGACGACGACGACUGGAACCCGUGCAAGGCGGCGGGCGUGUGCCUGAUGCUGCUGGCCACGUGCUGCGAGGACGACGUGGUGCCACACGUGCUGCCCUUCAUCAAGGAGCACAUCAAGCACCCCGACUGGCGCUACCGCGACGCCUCAGUCAUGGCGUUCGGCUCCAUCCUCGAGGGCCCCGAACUCAACCAGCUCAAGCCCCUCGUCAUCCAGGCCAUGCCCACGCUGAUCGAGCUGAUGAAGGACCCCAGUGUGGUGGUGAGGGACACCACGGCCUGGACGGUGGGGCGCAUCUGCGAGCUGCUCCCCGAGGCGGCCAUCAACGAGGUGUACCUGGCGCCGCUGCUGCAGUGCCUGAUCGAGGGCCUGGGCGCCGAACCCCGCGUCGCCUCCAACGUCUGCUGGGCGUUCUCCAGCCUGGCAGAGGCGGCGUACGAGGCCACCGACGCGGCCGAGGAGCAGGAGGAGCCCGCAACCUACUGUCUGUCCUCCUCCUUCGAGCUCAUUGUGCAGAAGCUUCUGGAAACUACAGACAGACCGGAUGGGCACCAGAACAACCUGCGCAGCGCGGCCUAUGAGGCCCUGAUGGAGAUCGUGAAGAACAGCGCUAAGGACUGCUACCCCGCCGUGCAGAAGACCACACUGGUCAUCAUGGAGAGGCUGCAGCAGGUCCUGCAAAUGGAGUCUCACAUCCAGAGCACAUCUGACAGAAUCCAGUUCAAUGACCUUCAGUCGCUGCUCUGCGCAACUCUACAGAACGUGUUGAGGAAGGUACAGCACCAGGAUGCCCUUCAGAUCUCGGACGUGGUGAUGGCGUCUCUGCUACGGAUGUUCCAGAGCACCGCCGGGUCGGGAGGCGUCCAGGAGGACGCUCUAAUGGCCGUUAGCACGCUGGUGGAAGUUCUGGGCAGUGACUUUUUAAAAUACAUGGAUGCCUUCAAGCCUUUCCUGGGUAUCGGGCUCAAGAACUAUCAAGAGUACCAGGUGUGUCUGGCUGCCGUGGGGCUGGUCUGCGACCUGUGCCGAGCCCUGAUGACCAACAUACUGCCUUACUGUGACGAGAUGAUGCAACUGCUGCUGGAGAACCUUGGGAAUGAGAAUGUGCACAGGUCGGUGAAGCCCCAGAUCCUCUCCGCGUUCGGCGACAUCGCUUUGGCCAUCGGCGGAGAGUUCAAGAAGUACCUGGACAUCGUGCUGGACACCCUCCAACAGGCCUCUCAGGCCCAAGUGGACAAGACGGACUAUGACAUGGUGGACUACCUGAACGAGUUAAGGGAAGGCUGUCUGGAGGCCUACACGGGCAUUAUCCAGGGCCUGAAGGGAGACCAGGAGAAUGUGCACCCGGAUGUGAUGCUGGUCCAGCCCAGAGUGGAGUUCAUCCUCUCCUUCAUCCACCAUAUCGCAGAGGACGAGGACCACUCCGAUGGGGUGGUAGCCAACGCUGCCGGACUCAUAGGAGACCUGUGCACGGCCUUCGGCAAGGACGUGAUGAAGCUGGUUGAGCUGCGGCCCCAGAUCAACGACCUGCUGACUGAGGGCCGGCGCUCCAAGACCAGCAAGACCAAGACCCUCGCCACCUGGGCCACCAAAGAGCUACGCAAGCUCAAGAGCCAGGCCUGAUUAGAUGCUGGUUGGGGAAGUUGAAGAAAAAUUCCUAAAAUGAUAAAUGAAAAAAACACCCCACUGGAAUUUCUUCUGUCUUUUGCCCCCCGCUGGGGCAACUGCAGGAAUGAAGUGUGUGCCGAGAUGAGAGUGAGAGUGUGAGCGAGUGCGAAAGAGAGAGAGAGAGAGAGAGUGAGAGAGUAAGCGUGAGCGAGCGAAAGAGAGCGAGCGAGCGUGAGGAUCGACAUCACACCACCUUCUGAGUACAAUUCCAGCAGUCGCCGGCAGAACCGUGGAGCCCCCCCAGCCCCCCCCCCCCACCUCUACCCAACCCCCCGAUAAUUACUCCUCCAGCCCUGACCUCCUCCUCUGCGACCUGUGGACUAAAACUUUGACCUGACGACAUGGACUCCAAACCGGAAUGCUGUAGCUGGCUAGUUCUCUAGGACUCUAUUCAAACGAUUAUUAGUCCCAACAACAGGAUUUACCCGAGUAGGAAAAGAAACAAACAGGAAAAAAAAAACUAACAAACUGCCAAAAUGUGGUUUCUUUUGCAAAAAAAAACAACAACCAGAAGGACGUGACUUAUUUUCUGCUCUGUGAGAGCUCUGAGGACUACCAUAUCUGUUCUGCAUUAUUUUUUUUUUUUCCCCCGCACUUUUUUGUUUUCCUUAUUCUUACCCAGCACUAUCCUCGGAUGCAGACUUUGAACAGGAAUGGUCCAAUAAUUCUGACAUUUAUCAGAGCGUAUCUAUAUCGGGACUUAACCAUUAGGCAAAAUGCAAUCGUUCGGCACCAGGAAGGAUGCAAGGCCCAGGCUCACUGCUGGAGAAGAAGGGGACAGACGGCAAGAUCGAGCCGUUGAUUGUGAUCGAGUGUGUAUCUUGUAUGAGUGACGAGGGAGGGAUUCGCUGUCUCUUUCCCCUCCCAUUUCUUCAACUUAAAAUAAAUAAUAUUAAGAAUUAAAUAAUAAAACAAUAGCUUGACACAAAUUUCAGUGAGUUGCAUUUCCGAAGCCGGUAUUUUAAGAGUUUUGCUUAUCGAGAAGUUCGUAGGAAAAAUAUCGGCAGCACUUGAUUGAAUUGGCGGAAGGGUUCUCUACUUUUUUGUUUUUCCUUCGAGCAGAUCACCAACAGAUGUACCAACACUUCCUUUUUUUUCUCUUUUUUUUUCUAUGCUCUUAUUUUUUUAUUUUGUUUUUUUUUUUUGUUCUUUUCAUUCUUUUAAAAAGGCAUUGAAAUUGUUGUCUUCAGUAUGGGCUUCUAGGUAUACAACCCUUUCUUGCGGGUCCCCACCAGUAGAUGACCGAAAGAUACGAAGCAUUGUGUGCUGUGAAGGGGCAGAGGUGGACCUGCUCCUGAUAUUCCAGCACCGUUUUGGGAACACAUGGGGAUCACUAGCGGUGUGUGUGUGUGAGAAAAAUGAAAAAGCACUAGCUUCAUCCUGCUACACUUAGUCUCCUCAGCUUUUAACGCAGGAGAGGGAAUGAGUUGGGAUUUUCUUUUUUAAAAAAAGAGUGCCAAAAUCCAUGUCAAGAUGACGAGGGCAGAAAGAGUGGAGUCUUUCUGGACGGUUGCAUUUAGUAGUAAAUAAAGCAACAGAAAAAGAAUACUGUCGCCUUGAGGAAUGCGAAGAAAACCUACAGUUGACCCAUGAUGUGGGACUAGUCGAUUGGGCUCGGUGUGCUCUCCCCUUUAUUUUUCUUUUCUUCCCCCCCCCCCUCUUUCAGUUUCUCUGAUGUUGAAUUCUUGCUGCACUUAGCUACUUAGCUGGGGAACGGUCAUUCGCCAAGCUUGUCUAAAAAUAAAACUAUGAGAACCGGAGAAGUUUGUAUAAGGUUAUAUUUUUCCAUUGCUAUGAAAAAGAAAAAAAGAAAAACAAUAAAAUAAUAUCAAACAUU